CUUUUUUUUGAAAGGCUUGUCCUAGUACUUAUUAUAGCUGAGAAUGGCAGGAGAAGGCCACGCAAUUGGAAUUGAUCUGGGGACAACUUACUCAUGUGUAGCAGUGUGGGAGUACGAUCAUGUAGAAAUAAUAGUGAACGAUCAGGGCAACAGGACUACUCCAUCCUACGUUGCCUUCUCUGAUGCCGAGCAAAUGGCAGGUGAUAUGGCAUUUAACCAAGUCAUGAGAAACCCAACCAACUCAAUCUAUGAUGCAAAAAGAUUAAUAGGUAGAAAAUUCAGUGACACGUCGGUUCAAACUGAUUUGAAGUUAUGGCCAUUCAAGGUCAUUGAAGGACCUGCUGACAAACCCAUGAUUGUGGUUAGUCACAAGGCUCAAGAGAAACAAUUUGCUGCUGAAGACAUCUCUUCCAUUAUGCUUGGAAAGAUGAGAGAGGUUGCUGAGGCUUACCUGGGAUCACCAGUAAGGAAUGCGGUCAUCACUGUCCCUGCGAACUUCAAUGACUCACAACGUCAGGCUACAAAAAGUGCCGGCAUCACUGCUGGCCUAAAUGUGUUGCGUAUUAUCAAUGAACCAACCGCAGCGGCUAUUGCUUAUGGCAUUGACAAGAAGGCUGGUUGGUAUAGCAAGAGAACAGUGAUGAUAUUUGAUUUGGGCGGUGGUACUUUAGAUGUGUCACUGCUUACCAUUGGUGAUGGUGUCUUCGAAGUGAAGGCUACGGCCGGAGACACUCAUCUUGGAGGUGAAGAUUUUGAUGGCAAAAUGGUCAACUACUGUGUUCAGGAAUUCAAGAGGAAGCAUGGUUUGGAUGUUAGUAAGAACUUCAAAGCUCUUAGGAGGCUCAGAAAUGCUUGCGAGAAGGCAAAGAGGAGACUCUCUUCAGCUAUGACGACUGAAUUUGAAAUCGAGUGUUUGGCGCAGGGUACUGAUUUCUACAUAACUAUCACUCGUGCCAAAUUCGAACAACUGAACAUUGAUUUCUUCAAAAAAUGUAUGGUGCCUGUAAAGAAGUGUUUGAAAGAUGCUAACAUGGAUAUAUCUAGUGUCCAGGAUGUUGUUCUUGCUGGAGGUUCUUCCAGGAUACCCAAGGUACAGCAGCUUUUACAAGAUGUGUUCCAGGGGAAGGAGCUUUGCAGGGGCCUUAAUCCUGAUGAGGCUAUAGCAUAUGGUGCAGCUGUUCAAGCUGCUGUGUUGAGUGGGAAGGGGGAUGAGAAGCUUCGAGAUAUCCGUCUUUUGGAUGUCACCCCUCUAUCACUUGGGGUAGAGAUUGGUGACAAUUGUAUGAAAGUUGUGAUUCCAAGAAAUAGUCGAGUUCCUAUCACGAAAAACACAACUAAUAGGACUCUAUAUGACUAUCAAACUUCUGCCAGGUUCCCCAUUUUUGAGGGUGAGAGUGAAGACACCUCAAAUAACAAUUUUUUGGGUGAUUUCACACUCUUUGGCAUUCCUCAAGCUCCCAAGGGGGAAAUUAAGUUUGAUGUAUGCUUUAGAAUUGAUGAAAAUGGUAUCUUGAAUGUCUCUGCUAAGGACAUGUCCACCGGCAAAGAGAGAGGAAUUACAAUCAACGGUCGCAUGCAGAAGAACUUACGGAGGAUUUGAGAUUUGAGUUCAGAGAAACAUAUUAAUGCGAUCACAUGGAUGAACCCUGGUGUCGGUUGGAGAAGAAUAAUAAAGUUUGUGGAGUUACUCUGUUGAUGGACUCGGGUACUUGGUUUUAUACCACGAACUUGUACUAUUUAAUUUGUAUUGUUGGUCAAUCCAAUUAAAGCUUUGCAAAAGCAUAGCAUGAAAUCCAUGAUAUUGA